GGGAGGAAAACCACCGCGAUUCCGACAACCGCCCAUUUUCUCCUUUUCUCUUCCUCCUCUCUCCAAAACCCCAAAUAAACCCUACAAAGUCGAAAGAAUUAAUCGGAUCGAAUCGAAUCGUGAUCGAAGAAGAUGAGCACGGUGGACAAGAUGCUGAUAAAGGGUAUUCGAAGCUUCGACCCUGAGAACAAGAACGUCAUCACCUUCUACCGCCCCCUAACCCUAAUCGUCGGCCCUAAUGGCGCUGGCAAAACCACCAUCAUUGAAUGCUUGAAGCAGGCCUGCACCGGCGAGCUCCCUCCCAACUCUCGCUCCGGCCACUCCUUCAUCCACGACCCCAAGGUCGCCGGCGAGACCGAAACCAAAGGGCAGAUCAAGCUCCGGUUCAAGACUGCCGCGGGUAAAGAUGUUGUGUGCAUUCGGUCCUUCCAGCUCACGCAGAAGGCGUCGAAGAUGGAGUUCAAAGCCCUCGAGAGUGUUCUCCAGACAAUCAACCCUCAUACUGGAGAGAAGGUUUGCCUUAGCUAUAGGUGUGCGGAUAUGGACAGGGAGAUCCCCCAGUUGAUGGGGGUAUCUAAGGCCAUAUUGGAGAACGUUAUCUUCGUGCACCAGGACGAAUCGAAUUGGCCUGUGCAGGAUCCUUCCACUUUGAAAAAGAAGUUUGAUGAUAUCUUUUCUGCUACUCGUUAUACAAAAGCUCUAGAGGUUAUAAAAAAGCUUCACAAGGAUCAGGCACACGAGAUAAAGACUUACAAGUUGAAAUUAGAGAAUCUUCAAACUCUGAAGGAUGCAGCUCAUAAGCUCCGGGAUAGUAUAUCCCAGGAGCAGGAGAAAAGUGAAUCCCUAAAAGCACAAAUUAAGGAACUGGAGAGGAACAUUCAAGGUGUAGAGGACAAAAUCUUGCAUACAGAAACUACUUUGAAGGAAUUGCGGAAACUCGGAGACCAGAUUUCAACGAGUACUACUGCGAGGAGCACUUUAUUUAAGCUGCAACAGACACAGUAUGCUGCCCUUGCUGAGGAAAAUGAAGAUACUGAUGAGGAGUUAAAAGAAUGGCAAAGCAAAUUUGAAGAAAGGAUCGCAUUACUACAGUCUAAAAUUAGUAAGCUGGAAAGAGAGAUGAAUGAUGAAGAAACCAGAAGUUCCACAUUUUCACAGACAAUUAAUGAGUCCAUGCGAGAGAUCGGGAAACUUCAAGCUGAAGCUGAUGCUCACAUAUCUUUGAGGCAUGAACGUGAUUCAAGGAUACAAAAGAUUAUUGGUAAGCAUAAUCUUGGGUUCCUUCCUGAUGCCCCUUUCAGCGAUGAUGUGGCUGCCAGCCUCACAAAUAGAAUUAAAACAAGGUUGUUAGAUCUUGAGAAGGGCUUGCAGGACAAAAAGAAAUCAAAUGAAUCGGAACUAAAAUUUUUAUGGGAGCGAUAUGUCAAGGCAAAUGCUCAAUGCAGUGAAAUUGAUGGGCAAAAGCAGGCAAAGUUUCAGACAAAGGCAGGUAUUAUAAAGCGCAUGAAGGAGAGAGAGAAUGAGCGUGAUAUUGCAGAACAUGAACUGUCCAGCCUUAACCUUUCUAAUAUAGAUGAGAAGGAAAAAAAAUUGCAAAUUGAGAUGGAGCGCAAGGCACAUGCACUGGGGAGCAGGGACUACGAGUCUACCAUAAACCAAAAAAAGACUGAAAUGUUUAGCCUGGAACAAAAUAUUAAGGCUCUUUACCGUGAAAAAGAUAUUAUGGCCAGUGAUUCUGAAGAUAGAGUUAAGCUAGAUUUGAAGAAGGAGGAGCUAGCAAACUGUAAACGCAAACUGAAGAAAAUGCAAGUUUUGCCCAAUUGGAUGAAUGCAAUGACAUCUAGUGACAUGGUUUUCUCCUACCAUCUUUUCAGGUCUGUAAAGAAAGAGUUCGAUGACUUGAACGUGAAAACUCGUGAAUCAGAAAAAGAGGUAAAAGUGAUUCAGAUGAAAAUUCAAGAUACUGAGAGUCACUUGUCCAAGCUUCAACGAGAUAUGGAUGCAAAGAGAAGAUUCCUGGACUCCAAACUUCAGUCUUUGGCUCCGGCAUCUUCUGAUAUUGAUUCCUUCCCUAAAGUUCUUCUUCAGGCUAUGGAGAGUAGGGAUAUGCAGAAAAGUAAAUUCAAUAUUGCGGAUGGAAUGCGCCAAAUGUUUGAUCCCUUUGAAAGAGUUGCACGGUCGUUUCACAUUUGCCCUUGCUGUGAGCGACCUUUCUCCCCCGAAGAGGAGGAUGAUUUUGUUGAGAAGCAAAGAACGAAAAGUGCAAGUUCUGCAGAACAUGUAAGAAAAUUAGCUGUGGAUUCUUCAGAGGCAGACUCACAGUUCCAGCAGUUGGACAAGCUUCGUAUGGUUUAUGAGGAAUAUCUUAAGCUCAGAAAAGAGACCAUACCAUUAGCAGAGAAGAAUUUGGAAGAUUUGAGGGAGGAUUACGAGAAGAAGUCGCAGGCAUAUGAGGAUCUUUUGGGGGUUCUUGCUCAUGUUGAAACUGAAAAGAAUGCGGUGGAAGCUUUGGUUCAACCUGUGGAAACUGUUGAAAGGCUUUUACAUGAAAUGCAGAUGUUGAGAUCACAAAUUGAAGAUUUAGAGUAUAAAUUGGAUGCACAAGUACAAGGUGUCAAAUCCCCAGAGGAAAUUCAGUUACAGUUGAAUGCUGAGCAGAGCAAGAAGGAACAACUCAGCCAGGAGAUAGACAGCCUGAGGGAGGAGCAGCGGAUUUUUACUAACGAUUUAUCAAACAUUAAAAUGCGCUGGCAUGCCGUUAGGGAGGAGAAGCUAAAAGCAUCUAAUAUAUUACAUAAAUUCAAAAAGGCAGAAGAAGACUUGGUUUCUCUAGCUGAAGAAAGAACUCAAGUUGACCUUGAUGAAAAGCAUCUUGCUGAAGCUAUUGGCCCAUUGUUGAAGGAAAAAGAGAAGCUGAUGCAGGAACAUGCAGAUUUGAAAAUGAAACUUGAGCUGGAGUAUGAUGAACUUGCAGAGAUGCUUCUAAGGAAUUCUGCUAGAAUCAAAGAGUAUGUUGACUCCAAGAGAGGAGAAAAGCUAAAGGAAUUGCAAGAGAAGCUCGCUUUAUCUGAAUCUUAUCUAAAAAAAUGUGAGGAGAGGAAACAGGAAAUAUCAGCUGAAUUGUACAAGAGUAAAGAGUUACUACGCAAUCAAGACCAGCUAAAAAGAAACAUAGACGACAACUUGAAUUAUCGAAAAACAAAGGCGGAAGUAGAUGACCUUACUCGUGAAAUAGAGAUACUUGAAGAAAAAGUACUAGAUAUCGGUGGACUGUCUGCCAUUGAAGCUGAUCAUAAAAGACAUAUACAAGAGAAGGAAAGACUGCUUUCAGAGCUGAACAGGUGUCAUGGCACACUUUCUGUCUAUCAAAGUAAUGUAUCAAAGCACAAGCUUGAGCUUAAACAAUCACAAUACACUGACAUUGACAAGCGGUACUUCAAUCAGCUUAUCCAACUCAAGACUACUGAAAUGGCAAACAAGGACCUGGAUAGAUACUACAAUGCGCUUGACAAAGCAUUAAUGCGCUUCCACGCGAUGAAAAUGGAGGAAAUAAAUAAGAUCAUCAGGGAGCUAUGGCAACAAACAUACAGAGGCCAAGAUAUCGACUAUAUAAGUAUUCAUUCCGAUUCGGAAGGUGCUGGUAGUCGGUCUUACAGCUACCGGGUGGUGAUGCAAACCGGUGAUGCUGAGCUGGAAAUGCGUGGAAGGUGCAGUGCUGGUCAAAAGGUACUUGCCUCUCUUAUCAUAAGGUUGGCACUAGCGGAAACUUUCUGCCUUAACUGUGGUAUACUUGCACUUGAUGAACCAACCACAAACCUGGAUGGGCCGAAUGCAGAAAGUCUUGCUGCAGCACUUUUAAGAAUUAUGGAAGAUAGGAAAGGCCAGGAGAACUUCCAAUUGAUAGUUAUCACUCAUGAUGAGCGCUUCGCACAGCUGAUUGGUCAGCGUCAGCAUGCUGAGAGAUAUUAUCGUGUGACAAAGGAUGAACAUCAACACAGCAUAAUUGAAGCCCAAGAGAUAUUUGACUGAAGAUCAUAAUCUCUGAACAAUUAAGCUGUGCAUAAAGUUCGCCGCCAAAUUUUGUGUAGUUUGUUUUGGGAGGCGACUGGUAGUUGGGUUGUCGAGAAACCUAGAAAAUUUCUAGGGUUUUUUUAGUCUUCCUGUGGCAACCAUCAGGCUGUAAAUUAAAUGUAAUUUUGAUGUUGAUCAUGCUGCAGCCAAAUUACUGUGUACCUUCCCCUGGCUUUUUAGUAGGGGUUUAGUUGUGAGGAUUUGGAAGUUAAAAGUUAGUUCUGUAACAAAAAGGAGGUAAUGACAAGCUUAUGUAUAUAGAGAAGGUUCCUUCA